UACAUGUGCACGUGUAGUGAGCGUAGCUAAAGACAGACUUCCCGUUGACGUCAUCAGACACGGUAAAUCUCGCGAGAUUUCCUUCUUCGCUCACAGGGAACCCGAGCUAGCACAGUGGUGAUCAGCGCUGUGUCAGAAUGCCGUCGAUUGAAUACGACGACUCGAAGCCAAGUUGGGCCGACCAGGUGGAGGAAGAAGGGGAUGAAGGCACCCUUCCAUCCCCAAAGGAGACCGUCAAAGGCAACAUCAAGACUGUAACAGAAUACAAGAUAGAUGAUGAUGGCAAGAAGGUCAAGAUCGUCCGAACUUUCAAAAUCGAGACUAGGAAAGCCUCCAAAGCUGUUGCUCGGAGAAAGAAUUGGAAAAAAUUUGGAAAUUCCGAAUUUGACCAACCCGGGCCUAAUGUUGCCACCACCACAGUCAGUGAUGACGUCUUCAUGACCUUCAUCUCCAGUAAAGAGGACUUAAAUUCUCAAGACCAAGAUGAAGAUCCUAUGAACAAGCUGAAAGGCCAGAAGAUUGUGUCCUGCCGUAUUUGUAAAGGGGAUCACUGGACCACACGUUGUCCCUAUAAAGACACUCUGGGUCCCAUGCAGAAGGAGCUGGCUGAGCAGCUGGGCCUGUCUACUGGGGAGAAGGAGAAGACUUCCGGUGGGGAGCCUGAGCCAGCUCAGCCGGUCCAGAGCAAAACCGGGAAGUACGUUCCUCCCAGUCUGCGAGAUGGAGCACGCCGAGGAGAGUCCAUGCAGCCCAACCGCCGAGCUGAUGACAAUGCUACAAUCCGUGUGACCAAUCUGUCCGAGGACACGAGGGAGACAGAUCUGCAGGAGCUCUUCAGACCAUUCGGCUCCAUCUCUAGGAUCUACUUGGCCAAGGAUAAGAACACGGGCCAGUCCAAAGGUUUUGCUUUCAUCAGCUUUCACCGGCGUGAGGAUGCAGCCAGAGCCAUCGCAGGAGUGUCAGGCUUCGGUUACGAUCAUCUUAUCCUUAAUGUGGAAUGGGCCAAACCAUCCAACAACUGAGAGUAGGUGCUCAGUUUAUAUUCCAGGAUGAAGAGGAUUGUUCCAGUGGUGAAUUACUGUUUAAAUAAACAUGAUGAUGAAUAA